AUGGAGGUUUUGGAAGAGAAAUGGAAGAAACUGAGGCUACGGGAAGAAGAAGUUGUUGAUAUUGUUAUAGAAGACAAUGCUCCUGAGGUUUUGAGAUACAAGGAGCAAAGAAGUCUAGUGGGUAGAAUGGCUUCGUCUAGAACCAUAAGCAGGGAGGCACUGGAAGCAACAAUGGCGAAGAUAUGGAGAAUCAGUAAGGCAGCUAAGUUCAUGGAGGUUAGUUUGAAUAUGUUCGUCUUGGUCUUCGAAAACCAAGAGGAUAAACAAAGAGUCUGGGCAGGAAGGCCUUGGCUCUUCGAUAACAAUCUGUUAGUAUUGAGGGAGUUUGAGGGUCACAUUCCACUUCAUCGCAUAGAUUUUGAUUACGAAAGCUUCUGGAUCAGAAUGCACAACUUGCCUUUAUCAUGCAUGACCAAAGAAAGAGGAAUACAGAUCGGGAGUACAGUUGGUAAGGUCGAGAAAGUUGAUGUUCAGGAUGAUGGCUGUGGUUGGGGAUGCUAUUUGAGGGUUUGUAUAUAUGUGAAUUUGUCACAGCCUUUGGCAAGAGGUCGUACUCUGAAGAUAAAGGGAGAGAGUGUCUGGGUCCCGUUCAGUUAUGAGAAAAUGCCUCGCAUUUGUUUUUCCUGCGGAUGCAUAGCUCACGGGACAACUGGAUGCUGCAGUGUACUGGAGGAGUUAGAAAGUAAGGAGGAGCAAUAUGGUGUGUGGAUGAGGGCUUCAUAG